UUUAAUAAUAUUUAUGUCAGCUUAAUACAUUGUAGCAAUAAAAUUUGAUAAAGCAAACAACACUUAUAGGCUAAAUGUAAUUAUUGAUAUUUUAAUUAGGAUUUUAUAUCUGGGCAAGUUACAAUUAAUUUCACAGACCCUAAUUAGAAAAGGUUAGAAAUUUAAUCAUUGAAAUGGAGAUCAGAAGGAGCGAUAUCAUAUUAGAAUAAAGAGUCUCACAAGGAAUUGUAAAAGAUUAUGCAAAAUUAAGGGCCAUAAUUACUUCAUUUAAAUUAGGGGGAAUUCACUUAAGAAAAAUACAUGUUUGAUUAUAAUUUAAAUUAGUUUACAAGAGAAAAAUACUUUUUAAUUCAAAUAUUAAUUGACACCUUAUGCAGAUAGUAGAAUAUUAGAAACUUAUGUUGGUGUUUAUAUAGCAAUUGCUUAUGAAAUUUAAGUUGAUUUAACAUUGAGCAAUGGUACAUUAAUUUAAAAUAAAACUCCAUUCUAUGUAUAAUGUGUUGGGAUUGAUAGAAUGGGUUAAUAAAUUAAUUUUAGAGAGCUUUAAUAGAAAGCAGAUUAAUUUUUAAUUACUCCUGAUAGAUUAAUGGGCAGCUAAAAUAUAUAGAAUAAAUAGGGUGCAAAAUUCAAGAUUCAUGGAAUAAUUGAUUCUAAAAUUUGCUAAUUUUAGGAGGGAUUCAACGGAAAUAUUAAUGUGGAAGAAUGUGAAUCAGAAAUUAGAACAAUAGACUUGUAGAUGAUAAGAGUAGAGAAAUUAGAAAAUAAAUAAGGAAAAGUAUUAGAAGCAACUGAAAUACAAUUAAUAUAAAUAGUUGAUGGAAAUAUUACAAGAGGAAUCUAAGUACCUUUUAAUAUGAUCUUUCCAAAAUUCUUUUCAUGCUCUAACUUAUAAUUCAAAGAUUAUAGUGGUAAAUUAAUAAAGAAUAAUUUAUAGUUGAUUUCGAAGUGAACUUAGUUGUAAUUAUGUAUGAUGGGUUCAAAAUAACUCUCAAUUUUCCAAUACAAAUAAUAAGGAAGUGA